GAGAAAGAGAGAGAGAGAAAGAGAGACAGAGACAAUAGUUUUCAAAAAGAAGCAAACUAGAGAGUGUUGAACUGUAAACCAGUGCAGGGCGGUCUUCAUGUAUUUCAUAUCCUGAACCUGGUCAGGUUGACGAUCUGAACCAGCAACACUGAAAUAGCUCUCCCUGACUGCUGCAUUUUGCUGUUUUGGGGUGGAAUGAUGCAUCGCAGGCAGCUCCUGCUACUUCUCACAAUACUCUGCGUCAUCAGAAUGAAUGUUUCUUACAAACUGUUUAAAAGUGAGGCCAGCUACAGCUGCCUGAAUGAAGCUCUUGCAGAAUCAAAAAAGAAUGACCCACUGGAAAGCAACAUACAUGAAAAACGAAGCUUUGCAUACGUUCCCAGUGAUGAACUUUCUCUGGAAAACGAUGAGGUAGAAAAAAGGACGUUUCCUGCUACUAGAUACAAAUACCUCACCCAGACACAGCUGAAAGGAAAGAUGUAUCAAAACAGUGCCAAAAGCGAUCACCGGACCAAAUUCACACUCUCGCUUGAUGUACCUACCAAUAUCAUGAACAUCCUUUUUAAUAUUGCAAAGGCAAAAAAUUUACGAGCAAAAGCCGCUGCAAAUGCACGCUUGAUGGCUCAGAUUGGCCGAAGGAAAUAAAUACUGCUGUAGAACAAUUGUAAUUAUUGGGGAUGGGGUGUGCAGGCUAUUAAACAGAGUGAUAUUCACAGCAAUCAUUAAUUAGUUUGUUCAGACCAUGAUCAGACAAAUUCCUACUCUGGUUCUGUUCAAGCUAUUGUAUAUUGAAUGGCUAUUUUUGUAAGACAGCAAAGUUAUUUAGCACAAUGAUAACCUUCAUAAAUCAAGAAUUACUGCUACACAUUUAAAAGUAUUGUUUUACACAUCACCUAAAAAUCCUUUAGUGCCAGCAACAUCAUGUGACUAAAAGGAUAAGAAAAUGUACAAUGCAGUACAGCUGGGAGGGGAAGCAGGUGGAAACUGAACAACUUGCAGAACAUUAUAAUUUAAUUUAUAUUAGUAGACAAUGAGGGGGAAGAAUUCAGAAAAUGUCAAGAACAAUAAAAAUUAUUUACAACUAAGGUCCAGGUGAUCCCUCUUAUAAAAUAGUAAGACUAGAAAGUGAUAUUUACCGUCUCAAGGUGGAGGUGUCCUUUUCAAAGAAGGGUAACUGAAAUGGUGACUCUAAAACUAUAGACUCCAGCAUACUCAAGAGGAAAACAACAGCUGGCAUAUGGGCAACUAAUAAGAGCGUUCCCAAGAUCUGUUACAGCAAAUGAGUGGAAAUACUAUUGUGGUGGGAUGAACCUGGAAUCCAGGUCUCUACAACGAGAAAAAAAUUGCAUUUUUAUGUUUUGUUGUCAGCAUUUUAUUCAACACACACACACACACACACACACACACACACACACACACACACACACAUACAUAUAGUCAUUUGACAGUCUGUAGUUAAUUCUUUCAUAAUCUUUAGCAUAACAUGAUGUUGAGUUAACGCCCUGCUAACAUAAUGUAUAUCUGACCACAUUUUAUUUAAACUCUAUUUUGGAAAAUAUAUACUAUGUUUUCAAAAUUACUUCCUCACCUUUGUAAAUUAAAGUAAAUUACACUUACAUAAUUUUGAAUAUCUAAAGUAAAGGAAAUUGCUGUAGAGCUAAAAUGCAUAUCAGAAAAAUUACUUUGCAAAAUUUAAAUGUGUCUCAAUGAAAAUUUGUACUUAAGGUGUCAUAAAUAUCUCCCAAGCAUGAUACAGUGAUGUAAACAAUUAUUACAGAAAGUGGUGAAUAAUUCUUCAUAACAGUAUUGGGCUUGUUCACUUGAGUGAAAGGCUGGUAAGAAAGAAUGAGAUGCAAUUAUGCAUUCACUUCUCUUUUAGACUUUAGAGCUGUACACGUCUAUGUACAUCAGUGCAAAAGUCGCUCAAAAUUCCCAGAACAAAUCUAAAUAGUCAUGCGUGAACACAUUUCUGUUCUAUACAUGCACAUGCAAGAGUCUUGUGUGUGCAUGUGUGUGUGUGUGUGUGUGUGUGUGUGUGUGUGUGUGUGUGUGUGUG